ACUCCUAAAAGGACUCAAAAAAACCAAAAAAAUUUGAAAUAUUCCUUAUAAAGAUCCCCAAUUAUCUCUCCUUUCUCUUUAUCUAUUCUUAUCUUAUCUUCUUGAGAAAAGAAAAUUCACACAAAUUCAAGGGUGUUUUCUUGCUUCUUGUUUCAUUUAUUCAUUCAUUAAUUUGGUGGAAACCAAGUUUUUAAAUAUGGGGUUGAAAUCACUAUUCAAGAUGAAGAAAAAGCGUGCCUCUAGGAAAAACAACCCUUUCGUUCACGAAAAUCCAACGCCCGUAAUAUUAUCGAGGGUAUCUUCGAUAGAUUCACGUGCAAGGGUCGAGGAGGAACUAGAACAAGUGUUCAAAAAAUUCGAUGUGAAUGGAGAUGGAAAAAUAUGUUCGUCCGAAUUGGGGUCCAUCAUGGCGAGCCUUGGGCACGCCGUGACAGAGGAGGAGUUGAUUGACAUGAUACGCGAAGUGGACUCGGAUGGGGAUGGCUUCAUUGAUUUGCAAGAAUUUAUUGAGCUUAAUACCAAGGAUAUCGAUUCCGAUGAGGUAUUGGAGAACCUUAAGGACGCAUUCUCGGUGUUUGACAUGGACAAAAACGGAUCAAUCUCCGCUGAGGAGCUACAAACCGUUCUCCAGAGUCUGGGAGAAGAUUGCUCAUUGGCGGAAUGUCGGAAAAUGAUUAGCGGUGUGGAUUGUGAUGGUGAUGGAAUGAUCAACUUCGAAGAGUUUAAGAUUAUGAUGGUAAAAGGUUCUCGCUUUGAUGCAAGAAUUGUGUAAAUUCAAUUUGGUUCUUUUAUUUGUUCUUUAAAUUCAUAUAUUUAAUUUAAGAAGUAGUAGUAGGAUUUCAAACUCUAUUUAGAAAAAAAAAAGAGGAGGAGGACUAGUAGUUGUUCUCAUUGUCGGAAAAUUACUAAUUUCUAAUGAAAAUUGUUGGUGGAAUUUGUCGAAA